CUGCGCGCUGAGAGAGGAUCAUAACUCAGCCGCUCCCUCCUCACAUCUCUCCGCUCGCCUCAUUGUGCUCUGCUGACUCAGUGCCUUAAGCAUCAUCCGCUCCCAACGCCACUGGCACAAACCACCAUCAUUGUGGAAAUUAAUACGGAUAUAGGAAAGAAUACAAUGGCCAAAACAGCUAUCGCAUACAAGGAGAAGAUGAAGGAGCUGUCCAUGCUCUCUCUCAUUUGCUCCUGCUUCAGCCCACAGACACGCAACAACAUUGUCUGUGAAUUUGAAGAUAUGGAGGUAAAGCCCAUCAAUAAAAGGGCUUCAGGCCAGGCCUUUGAGGUGAUCUUGAAACCACCUUCGCCAGUGACCGAUGUGGCCCACAGCAUCACCUCCCCUCCAAAGAAGAGGGAUGUCUCGCUGGAGGACAUCCAGAAGAAGCUGGAGGCAGCUGAAGACCGCAGGAGGUCCCAGGAAGCUCAAGUGCUUAAAGCUCUGGCUGAAAAACGCGAGCAUGAAAGGGACGUGCUGCUCAAAGCCAUGGAGGAGAACAGCAACUUCAGCAAGAUGGCAGAGGAAAAGCUGAUUCUGAAGAUGGAGCAGAUCAAGGAGAACCGCGAGGCUCAGCUGGCAGCCCUGAUGGAACGUCUGCACGAGAAGGAGCGACACGCUGAAGUGGUCCGCAGGAACAAGGAGCUGAGGGAAGAGCUGGUAGCGUGAAGUUCCUCCACCUCCUCACACCCUUCAUCAGCCAACCUGUCAUCCUAUCCUGCUCACGCACACUCACACACAAACAAACGCUGGUAAACAACAGUCAAAACAACUAGUAUCACAAUUGUAUACUGUUUGAACGGUCUUGCUUGAUUUCAUAAAGUAAUGGAAAGACACAAGUAUUAUUUUGUAUAUACAUCUUUUUCUAUCUAUCUAUCUAUCUAUCUAUCUAUCUAUCUAUCUAUCUAUCUAUCUAUCUAUCUAUCUAUCUAUCUAUCUAUCUAUCUAUCUAUCUAUCUAUCUGUCUAUCUAUCUAUCUAUCUAUCUAUCUAUCUAUCUAUCUAUCUAUCUAUCUAUCUAUCUAUCUAUCUAUCUAUCUAUCUAAUCUGAUUGAAUGAUUAUGUAUCAAAUCAACGUGAUACGAUGUUUUAUGUAAUUAAUUGAUGAUGAUUAUUAUUGAUCAGUUUAUUGGUUCAGCCACGUCGGGUUUGACCAUGUGAAAGGUUUCGGUGUUGUGAGUAAGCUGCUUGCUUACGUUUGCAGUGUUAAAUGAUGUAAAGUUUGGUGUAAUUGUGAAGAAUGCAAAAAGCUUCAGUGCUCAGGCCCAGUUUAACACAGGUUUACCUGUUCAAAACAAACAUGCCACCAUAUCGAGACUCAUGAAUAUAUAGUGCACUUCAGUUUAUAUACAGCAUGAUCAAGACAGGCUCCUUUUUUCUGAGCAAAUAGCUUGAAAUAUGAGCGCAGAAACAAAUAAAACACAUUGAUAGUGUCUCAUUGAUAAAUGAAAUUAAACUGAAUGUAUGUCUUUGAGCUUUUUGUUUUAAUAUUCUCUGUACAAAUAAAUAUCACUUUCUUGAAAUGUUAUGAACAUCUGCAUGUUGGCGUCUGCAAACCUACAUUCAUUGGCUGACGUUUGGAAGCACUGCGUCCCUUCUGGACUUCUUGGAUUGGACAGCUUGACACACCCUGCGUCAUGACUGAAAAAGGAAAAAGAAUCAGCCAGGUUUCCUGUUGUUUUUGCUUCUUAGAGCAAGAUCUUGACCCUGUAUCCUCACCUUGAUUCAGGCUGUUGUUUGUCAUCUCUCACUAGCAGGAGUAGACAUCAUUAUUAAUCCCGAGUUCAUCUCCUUGAAUGUUUUGUCAUGUCUGGCUUGAUAAAACAGAUAACAUCUUUACCAGCUGAAUGUAUCAUCCUAUACUCCCAGCUAAAGCCUUUGAUGUGUAACUUAUUUUUACCUUGUUUAUUUUUGUGAGAUAGGAUGAAUGUGUGUGUGUAAGUGUGUGUGUCCAUGUUAGGUUGACUCGAGCAUUUGUGUCCUUUCUCUCUGGAAGUGACGUGAUAGGCGUUUGCAGAAUAUGCACUGAAUGAUUAUAUUUUUUCUUUGAAUCACUAUCUCUUCUAUAAAUAUGCUAGAAGCAUCUUCGGCUGCCAAAUUGUCCUUUCCCCCCUCUCAUUUCUCUGUGUGCAAAUUUUGGUGAAAAUAAAGGUUUGGGGUUCUGUGAACA